AUGGAGGCUGAGCUUGAGAUUUGUUGCGGCAAAGCAGCACAGGACGAGGAGAAGAGCGUUUCAGAGGCCGGAGACGGGCCGCCCGGGUCCAGAAUGGUAAGGAUAAGAUUUCUAGAUCUGCUUGUGAUUGAAAAGCCUUAUGAGUACAAGCUCAGGAAGUACAAGGGCAGAAAGGUUCCCAACGAGUCAAUGAGCUACGAGGUAGACGACCAGGCCAAGUUCAGAAACAGUAUGACAUAUGCAAGGGACAGUAAUACAACACUCCAGGCGCUUUCAGGGUCCACAAGGAGUACAGGGCUGAGGCAGUAUCUCAAGAGAAGGCAGCUUGAGAAGGAGAUAUCCAAGAGGAAAGCCCUCGAUGAUUCCUUGAGAGAGGUUGAGGAGGUCAAGUAUCCCUUCGAUCUAGUUGAGUGGGAAAAUAACAUUAUCUACGACUUCGACAGGGCUGGAGGCAGGAUGAAGAUGGAUACAGUCACGACGGAGUUUGUGGACAGCAUUCUGGAGGAGGACUGGGAGAGGUAUGUGGUUGUGGACGAGAGCGACAUGAAGAGCCGUAAGUCGUUUCUUACUCUCUAUCUGGAAGAUCCUAACCUGAUUUUCGAGAAGAUUGACGACAAAAGACAGGCAAAGCCCAAGAAGAAGCAGAAGGAGGUGUUUUCUGUAGACAAGCCUCUGAAAGGAAAGUACAAUAUCUCUCUUGACAAAUACUAUGGACAGGAGUCGAAGGCAAAGAACAGCUUGGGAACAUUUGGUGUCCAGCACUCGCUUCCUGCCCUGCGGCUCGACCCGAUGUUCUACAAGAACAACCAUACGAAGGAAGAGCUUCGGAACUUCCACAGGCCAAGGUUUAUGGUGAGGGGAAGCAACAUAAGGUUCAAGACGAUUGAGGCAGGCAGAAACAAGCCCCAAGGGAUCAUAAAGAAGGCUGGGGAGCUAACGGUCAGAGACGCCAGUCCGUUCUCGCUGUUUGAGUAUUCGGAAGAGGAGCCGUUUUUCCUUGUGAAUCCGGGGAUGGUGAGCCUGCUCAACAUCUAUUAUAGAAAGAGCAAUGCAAGAGACGAAUAUGCUCCCGACCAAUCGCAGUACACGGUCCUAGACCCGGAAGACCCCUCUCCUUUCUUCGGGUUUGGAGAUGUUACUCCCGGGACGUCCAUACAGGCCCUUACGAACAACCUGUUUAUUGCGCCUGUUUUCAAGCACAGUUCUGGGGAUUAUCUAUGCAUAGUGGAGCCAUCGAAUAGCGGGGAAAUGUCCCUAGUGUACAGAAGCAUUGACAACCUCUAUUGUGUGGGGCAGCAGUUUCCGUUGGAGGAGGUCUAUGCGCCUCACUCCAGAAAGCUGAACGUCUUCUGCAAGAACAGGCUCAAGGUUGCUGCAUUCCGCCUGUUCAACAGCAAGGAGGGAGGAAGCAAGGAGCUCAGGAUUUCGCAGCUGGACGAAAUGUUUCCCUACUUUAGCGAGGGCAGCAAGAGAAAGUGGCUGAAGGAGUAUGCAGACUGUGUGAAGAAAGGGCGGGACAAUGUGUGGGUAUUGAGGCCAAGCUCAGCCCUACUUGGGGAGGAGGAUCUUAGGAAACUCGUUACUCCGGAGAAUAUAUGCCAGUACGAGAGCAUGCUUGCAGGAGAAAGAAAGCUCCAGGACUCUGGGUACAAGACUGUUGUUGAGAGCGAUGACGAGGAGAAUGAGGAGGAGAUGGCACCGCCUCCAUGGUGUCUUAGCAGAAACUUUGUGAAUGCAUGCAACGGAAGAGGACUUCUCGAGCUGAGUGGGCCUGGAGACCCUAGCGGGAUUGGAGAAGGAUUCAGCUUUAGAAAGAUCAGGCUGAAGAGGGGAAACGAGGUUGAAAACAGGAAGAUUAUCAACGAGCAUCAGUCGAGGUACAAGGAGGAGAUAGACAGGAUAUGGAGCAAGCAGCUUGCAUCCUUGAGCUCUGUGGAGGAGAUUCCGUUUGAUGAGUCGUUUCUUGCCCGGAGACAUAGAGAGGAGAGGAAGAAUGCAGAUCUGCUGAGUGAGACGACGAUGUUAUCUGAGGAGACGCAUCUAACGAUUAGGCGCACCUACGGCGAGGGAAGCACCUCCUAUGUGGAGGUUGAAAGGGUUUCUGACCCUCGGGUCAUAAAGGCAUAUCUGAAGGCCCGAAAGAAGAAGAUUUCCGAGGAGAGGAAGGGGGUGCUGACAUGUGGAAACUGCGGGCAGGUUGGGCACAUGAAGACAAACAAGGCCUGCCCGAAGUUUGCAUCCGCAACAAAGAUGACCAAGAAGAAGAUUGAAGCGGAGAAAAGAAAGGCCAGGGUGUAUCUCCAGGAGGUGAUGAUCGAUCUUCUUGGCCAGUUCUUCCAGAUUCCAUACUCGGUUGCAUUCCACAGGCCUGUGUCCACCAAGAAGUUUCCUGACUAUCCUUUGAUUGUCUCUGACCCCAUUGACCUGACAACAAUAAAAACAAAGGCCAGGCAUAACAAGUACAGGAAGUUCAGCGAGUUUCUGGAGGACCUGGAGCUGAUGCGUAGCAACUGCUGCAAGUACAAUGGAGAGGAUCACUCUCUGACGAGGAUUGCUGAUAACAUUGUGGAGGCUGGAUAUAAGAGGUACAAUGAGAGGAUGGAAGAGAUUCUGGAAGCCGAAAGAGUCCUGAACGGCUCCUUUGAUGAAUAA